UUAUUUCUCAUUUUAAAGGACCAUGUUCUUCAAAAACGAGACACUGAUGUAUCCAAUGCUGAAAAUAUAUACAACAGAUAUGAAGCGACUUUUAAGUCGGAGGUAAGAAAACACAAUUCGUUUUUCUGGAGGUAUUUGAUAUCAUUUUACGGCGAAAUAAACAAACACGAAAUAGUUUUAUCAAUAAACAAACGAUUUCCAAAACAUUAUGGUACUCAUUUGCUAAUUCAAGAAAGAAAAUAUGACCGAAAGAGAAUGAAGCAAUAAGCUCGUUGCUGCGAGUGCGUAUCCCAUCCUCAACUCGAGAACGUAGCGUAGCCUUGGUAGCCCACAAUAAGAUAAAUCGAAGCUCAUAACAAAAAAAAAACGAAAAAGAAACAAAAACAAAAACGAGUGUUAAGUCCAAAACAUGCCUAAAAACAUCAUUGACUUUUUCUUCUCGAUUUCAUGUUUUAUAUUCGCUGUCUCACAAUUUCGAUUGAGUUGGCAGAAAUCACAUGUAUAGAAAUUCACAGUAUAAUAGCGAAGCUACUUUAACUACAAACUUCUCUCGUUUCCAGGCUACCUACUAUGGCGAUUAUCCCGGAGGUGGUGCAUGCUCCUUGGAUCCACUCUCCCCAAUGUCCUCGCAGCCUGGCUGGAUACGAGUAGCGGCCGGUGCAUAUGACUUCCAGAACUCCCUUGGCUGUGGAAUGUGCGUGGAAAUCAAAGGCUCAGGGAAAGGAAGUGGGUUAGAUCCUGUCACUGGAGUCAUAAAAGCCGUUGUUCAUGAUCUGUGUGGCGGAUGUGGAAAAGGUAGUUUAGAUUUGUGUCGUUAUAAGAUGAUUUGUAGGAGGCACAGAAAGGGGAAAUAAGGUUAAAGUACCUGCCCAAGAAAACGACGCGGUGAACUGAGCAGAGCUGGAACCCAGACUACUGAACCACCUCUUCGUCUCCUGAGCCAAGGCUCUACACACCCAAAAUCUACAAAUGGAGACCAAGUAACUGUCAUGGAAACCUGAAAAAUGCAAAUAGGUACUUUAUGAGUCACCCACACCGAACUAAAUCAUCAGACGCUGUUUCGUAUCAGUGAUUACUCAUUUUUUAUUCAACACAGGUGGCUAUGACCUGUACAUCCCGGGUGACGGCAGAUGGGAGAUCGAAACAAAAGCCAUUGACUGUCCCACUGUCCCGGGAAAGAAUGGGAACAUUAUGUUUCGAUUCACUGGAAGUAACCCUUCGUAUGUUAAACUUCAAGCUAGAAACACCAAGUAAGUUUUUCCUUCCUCAGUCCUUUAUCAUUACAACCAGAUUUGCAGGACAACUGUGAUAAUUUUUUUUAAAAACUGUUUGACAUUUUCUCAUCAUAGAAGCUACUCAAACCGAUUUUCGUCGGCUUCAUAUGUAGCACAUUGAAAUUAAAAGUUGGCGAUUACUUGAAUCUUAUUGAAAUUCGGUUUUUUAAUUUCUACUUAUGAUUUUCAUUCUGUUAAACCCGAUUUAUCUAAACAAGUUUUGCUGGUUUGAAUGGGGUAUGAGUUAAUGAGGCUUUCUCUCUGACUGUGUGCUUCUCAAGAACAUCUGUGUUAUAAAUCUCCGUUUUCACGUUUUCUUUCGUGUUUUGUGAUGAUUUAAAAUUAAUGUCCUUUUGACUGAAAGUACUUUUAACUUGCACUCUAGAGAUGAAUUUUACCCAGAGAAAGAUCUUUCUUGGAUAAAAGAGCUGUAGUAGAGAAAGAUGUUUUUUCGUGUUGUCACGAGCGUGGGACAAAGAAAAAAUUCUAAAUCUCCAUGAGGAAUCGAGCCUCAGAGCUUCGGAUUCCACGCUCCAAUGCUCUACCACUGAGCCACAGAGACUCCAUGGUGAGCGAGGCCGCCUUUCUCUAUUUCUUUACCAAAGUUAUCUUAUCCAUCUUUCUAAUUCUAUUCACAAAAGAGCUAAAAUUACCAAAAAUUUUCUGAGUACAAAGAAAGCUAAAAACAAAAGCAUUUAAAAUCCAAAAUUUGUAUUUGCAUGGCUUUUUCUUUACUUGAAGGGUUCCAGUUGCUGGGAUGGAAAUUUUAAAGAACGGAAAAUAUUCUUGUCUGAAACGGACAAGUGACAAUCACUUUGUGAGAGAUGGCUGGGGUAAAGUGGAUUUUCCCAUGACUGUACGAGUGACGGCGGUGACGGGAGAGCAGCGGGAAGCGGUCUUACAGUCUAUGCAAAACGAUAAUAAUAUAAUGAGUAAUGUGCAGUUUUCUGGAUCUGGAGCUGGAGGUACGAUGUUAGGGUGAGGCGUGGGGGUCGGGUAAAUAGGGUGUCAAUCCGUCCUCUUUUUUUUAAUGUCGAUUAAAGAUUGACAUAAAAUCCUGUGUUGUGCUUUCCAACGAGAUUGAAUUCAAAAGCCUCACCUAUGUUUUCGAGUUUUUGUGGCGGGUAAUCAUUAUCAUCAGAGACUUCUGAGAGCUGAAAGAGGAAAAAUAAGUCAAACCUGCUAGCCGAAACUCCGAAACAAAUCAUCGAUUUCUCUCCUCAGGUAGUGAAUUUUUCUAUAAUAUACAGCGAUGUGUCGGAGAGUUAUGUGUUCACAAAUUAUCAUUAUUACCAUUAUUAUUGCCAUAAUCAUUGCUUUUAUUUUUAUCAUUAUGAUUAUGAUUAUGAUUAUUAGUAUUAUCAUCAUUGCGUUUUUUUGUUUUUUCUUUCUUGCAGCCGGCCCAUCAAGUAUCAAAUGCGCGGGUCAAGGAAACAAACCACCGUAUCCCUCGGGGGGGAUGGGUGAGUUGCUGAUGUUCUCCUGCUAAUGAAAUAACUUAAUACUUUUGAAAUAUUUUGAAUGUUGGAGAAACAUAUGUUUGCUAGACUCACUGCAAAACGAGACCCCAAAAACACCAACAAACGGCGUCUCUCUCUCUCUGGCCGUCUUUCCAGGUCUAACUGCCAGCUUUUCUGUCGCACUGCUUGUCUGUCUUUCUUUCUGUCUGUGUGACUCCUUAUCUGUUUCUCUUCCCUUCGGUUUGUUUGUUCGUGUUUUCGAUACCUAGUGGGGUUUCUGCAAAAUAAUUUAUGUCCUUAAGUAUGGAACCAUAAAUAAAUGUGUGAGGCUAGGGUUUAGCUUUUCCGUAAAAAUUAAAGUUACUUAAUGCAAAGUACUCUGACGUAAUUCUUUGUGUUAGUUCCAGGUGAAGGCAGUGGUCCAAGCUCCCCUCAGCCACCCCCUCGCCCUCCACCUCCACCCCCACCCUCCCCUCUCCCAUCACCAUCCACAGGGGGAGGAGGUGUCACAGCCCCUGGCACAGCUUCUGGGGGAGGAGCAGGUAGGGUUCUUUGUCUUGGUGUGACUUUUUGGUCGAUGAACCUCUUCACAAAGGCAAGACCUAUUUAACAACACUUAAACAUUUUCUUUGUCCUGUUGUGGUUAGUUGUGUUAGAUAUGAACUUCUGACACUCAUGCUUUUUGGUUUUUGUUUUUAAGCUGGUUCAGACUUCUGUGCAAAUCGAAAAAGUGGUACGUACCCAGACCCUGACGACUGCGCGGGGUUCAUCAUCUGCAACAUCGGUAAAGCCCACCGUCAGAAGUGCUCCCCUCCCCAGCUCCUCCGUGCCGAUACAAUGAACUGUGAUCUACCAGAGAGGGUGGACUGUGGAACCAGGCCUAGGCGAUAUUGA